AUGGGUGAUCAUAUAUGGCCUUUGCUUUUAAGAUCUGUUCCAUUGCCCAAAGAUGUUGAGCACUUUAAACGCGAGAGAAAAAUCGCCAUUGAAAAAGGUCUUCAGGUUAGAGAAGCACAACCACUGAUUAUACAAGCUGAUGUGAUGCAGGAGGAAAUGGAUACAUGCAAUGAUUUGGAGUAUACAGCAAAAAGUAUACCAUUAUUACUUCACCAGUAUUUUACAGAUAGAAUAGAACAUCUUGUACAGUGUAAACAUAUGCAUAUGCUACGGUGGGCCAGAUUUAAUGAGCACUCUAAAGCUAUAGAAUGUCUUUAUCCUGCCUAUCAAGAAAGAUAUAGUCAUAUCAUGGAGGAAUACCAUGAUGCAGUGUACAGGUCAAGACGACUUGCUAUUGCUAGAGAAGCAGCCUUGGCUAACAGUACUUCUGCUAUGGACUCAGUGAAUCUAGACGACCUUUUGAUCUACACAAGAUGGCUUGUUUGUCACAUGCAYUCUGUCAAAAGGAUAAAUUCAUUUUUAAGGGUAAUUGAAUGGCUUCCAUGUGUCCACAAAAAAGCUUUCAAACACCAAGAAACAGAAAAAGAAGAAAAAAUAGAAACUGACGAAGUCAAACAGACAGGGCCAUCUAACAACAGAGCGCGAGGAAACCUCAAGCGUAUUCUAAGUCAAGUGUCCAUUGCCGCACACUUGCACGUCCUUCGACCAACACCAGAACCUGACGCAAGUUUACCACCCCCUCCACCACUAAGUCUGUCACCGUAUCACUUGGUAUCUCCGUCAAACCCAUCGGUUGCUGCUGCGGCAGCUGCUUCUGGAGGUGGCUUAGCAUCCAAUGAGAUUCAUUUGACUCUUCCAAUUCAUCAGACGCUUUUCGACAAAAUAAAGCCUCUACUACAAUUUUUGAUGUCAUGUUAUUCUAUCGAUAUGGAAAUUAAUCAAGUCAACACCCAUGCUGAUGAAAUGGAUUUGUUCACCAUGGUAACAAGGCGAUAUAAGAAGUUUUUUUCUAAACAAGAACAGUUGCGCACGUUCCCUACCUACGACACUUCCAUGGAGGAACUUGGUGAUGCUAAGAUAAGAAGUCAAGGUGUACUUCACACUUUUAAACAGAUAUCAAACUGGACACCUUUUAUCCAACUUAGAGCUGAGAGAGAUGCCAACCAAAUCAAAGUGAUGUCUAAAUUGAAACAAGAUGGCCACGUUGAUGAGCUUCUAAAGUCCCACGCUCGAUUUCUUCAUGUUAAAGAUAGUUCACGAGUAAUARUUGCCUUAAGAGAGCACGCGAAGGCUGUCAUCGAACCGCCAACGCCAUCUGCGUACUCAGUUACAACACAUAGAACUCAAAAUGACACAGCGGCGGUGUGGAAGAAAAUCUUUAAAUAUGCCUCAACAAGUUUAGCAAGAGAUGAUGUGCUUGAGUUUGACUCAAAAGUCCCCGAAGAUGAAUUAGGUGUGGGAGGUAGCGCUGGUGAGUUYGAYYUAGGCUCUGCCGUAGAACUACUUGGUUUAGAAGAUAAUGAUGCUAAAACGCAAGCCAACUUGCUKCAAGGUGCAUAUAUGUCUUUCUUGCUCCUUAGACAUUUACGACUGCGUGAUCUUCAGAGAACAUGCCUUGGUAUUCUGAAUUAUUUUCGUUCUGUGGAAAGAACACUAACUAUCAAUAAUGGUGGACUUUCCCUUGAAGGUGGAAARCAAAGGGCGUCCAAGCAUCAAGUGUUUCACGGUGGUGGUAUAAUGGGCAUUGGUAGCCAUGAGUACGUMCACAACACACCUGCUGAUUAUAGAAUAGAGCAAGCUCAGUUUAUGGAGUUUUCAGAGGUUGAAAACCAUGAUGAUUUUUACACUACAGAAGAAGGUCGUGUUCAUACCCAGGACCAGCGUGGCUAUUAUGUCAUGUAUGACACCGCAAUGAAAGACUUUCGAGAUCUAGAAAAGGAACUUCUACUGGUUGCCUCCCAUUACAUUGCCAAAGACAAAGAAUAUGCACUUCCCAAACAGUCAAAGUUUCUUGGUGAUCAGAUUGAUCUUUCGGCGUAUGGUCAUCAACAAGUUGAUCGAUUUGCAAUUUUACUUGACCUCUGGACUAAUGAAGCAGCAUACCUAGAGAAUAAGAGACAGCUGUUUGAUUGCUACUUUGAGGGCUAUCAACAUGUAUUUGACUCCAAAGMGAAAAUCAAGCUAGCACAGGUGAUGACGAAUAUCAUGGCAAUGCGUCCACGAUUUGACUUCACUGCAGACUACUUUAUUAGAAUAUACCGUGCGGAAUGCGUCAACCUGAGAUUGUACUGUACCUUGAUAAAGAAUGUUCUUGACAAACAGAUCGCAGAGGAAAGAGAAUAUGUACAGAAAGUUUGUCGCCAAGAUAGUAAAGGAUUUGGCCUCCCUUUUCGUAUAAUUCCACAACAACUUAUUGCUGUCAAUGUCAGUCGGCCUGCUUURCAGUAUGUGUAUAUGCUGGAGUUUCAUCCAUCUUUAGCUAUGAUAAGUCGCAUUCCAGAGGCCGUCAGCCAUGUCUUCAAGAAUUUGCUUGAUGUUCACAAGCCUAAAAGUGCUGGAGAAAUUAUCUCAAUGGAAAAACGACUACUAGAUGUAUUGCUUAAGGAAUGGGACACACUUGAGCCGAGUGGAAAAAGUUUUUCUGUGCAAACACAGAAAGAUUUGUUUUCUGAGGUAUUCAUCGAAGAUCCCCARUUUGUUUGUGAAGUUGGACAAUCUUUAAUCAACGCCGAGGAAAACAAAAAAGGAGGACGCAAAUCAGUAAAAGAAAAGCGAUUAAUACUUUUCAACAUCUGGUCAAGGCUCUUGGAGGUAAUUACAUUGCGUCAUCGGCUCAUCAUUUGUGCUCAGGAAACAGACGAAGUYACCAAGCUAUAUCGCCGACGUACGAAGGAGAUUGGAUUUGACGAGUAUCACACUUUUCUGCGAAUUGUAUCAUUCGACUUUGCGCAGGUCAAGCCUGAAACAGAGUCAGUAUUGAUUAAUUUUGUUCAAGAAGAUGACAGCAGGAUUGACAGAUAUAUACCGGCUUACCUACCGCUUGCAAUACAAGAACUUGAUGAAAAGCAUGCUGGUAACUUCAGUUUUAGGACUAGAGAGGGUCUAAUGAAUGUCAUGUCUACAGCAGGAGUCGAAAAAUUACAAAUAGCAUUAAUGGCACAGAUCAGUCACAAGAAUCUCAUUAUUUCUUGUUUGUUACAACUGGAUUCCUGUGAAAAUGUUCUUACUUUUGGAAAGGCAAAGGCUACAGAAACUGAGAAAAGGGAGGGACUAUCACCAGUAUCAUCACGUGAUCAUUCGCUCACAAGUCGACGCAGUUCUGUGGAAGAGAAUCAAAUUUUAAGUGCGUACUCAUCUAAACGACUGGACCGAGAGUUUGAGAGAAAACUWCAGGAAAUCUUUAUCUCAGUGCAGCUAGAAAAGACUGUAUUGAGGGACAAAAUGUUGAAUGAAUACAUUCGAAAGAAAGAUCAGCUUGGUGUCAUGUUGAAGAACAUUGACGAGGUAGUCAAACUUAAAAGGAAACUCAUAACAGACUUUUGUGCCGAUGUUAACAAAAGAGUUUCACAGUUUUCACUCCAAGCACAGAUUAUUGCUUACACCAUAACACUGCAAAAUUUGUUGAGCGAUUUUCCCACAACAAGGGACGCCCAUUUUAUAUUUGGUGAAGAAGACGAGAAGAAGAAUGAUGAAGAUGAUGUUGAGCCACAUCCAAUGUCCUUAAAGCAACGUUCCAGGCGACUACUGUCCGUUGAUGGUAAACGAUUGCUAAACUUGUGGUUUAUUCCGCAUUAUACUGAGCUACUCAAGAUGUUUGGAAAGAUGAAAAUUGAAUCACGAAACGUUUGCYUAAGAGUAAUUUUGCAUGCACUUUGCCUUACAAAAUCUGAGCAACCUUGGAAGACAAAAUGUUUAUAAUACAUACUUCUCGGUUCCUGAACCGMUGGACUCAAGAAAUAGCGCGGCGAAGGAUCUUUUUCCAUGGAGGUCAUUUGGACAAAGGUAUGGUCCUUUCCCUAUGAUGUACUGGCAAUGGCAACGAAUCGGAGACAACAUGCAGCUUUGUCUUGCGGGUUUGAAGGAAGUCGACAGACACGUUGUUAAUGGAGAAAUACUUGGUGUAUCGUUACUUUUGGAGGAUGUUCUUCAAGCUGGUCUUCCCGAACUGUUUUUCUCGAAACAAGAAGAUGUAGACACCACCAGUGUAAUGUCUGCGACUCCAAGAUCUCGGCCAACCACMGGYUCUUUGAGAAGAGAAWUSAGUAGACAUAGUGAAAGUGCUGAUGAUGGAGUAUUYGAAAGAGAAAGCCAAACAAGCAAUGCAAAGCUUUUCGAUAUCCCAAAAGGUUCCUUGUCGAUAAGCAGGAAYCCCAAAGCUGCAGUAAAACUAGUCAAUAUGUUUUUGAUGAUUUGCUCAAGACUAGAGAUUUUGAAGACGGAUUGGAGUUGUAGAAAGCUUGGUACAAAUGAAAUUUCUACAACUGUUCAGUACAGAAAGUUUUGUAAGCUAUAUAAGAUUGAAGUUCUUCAGCCAGUUUAUCAGCAAGUCGCCAUGAAGCUUGGGCUUGGACAAGAAUACGCUGCACUUGGGUCAUUGACUAGUGAUGAUGAGCCUUUGGCAUCUCCUCCUGGUUCAACUGAAAUGGAACUGAAAAUUAAACAGGUUGUUCGUUUACUUGAAAGUCUCGAAUGCACAAUGAUUGGUGACGUCAUGAGGCGCAUAUCACGUGAGCAUACUCUGGUAGUAUCGGAAAGAGGCCGAGACGACACAACACUUCCAACCGAUUUGUGGAAGAGACCGGUAAUGAAAGAAAAUGCAACCAUUGCAAAACCUCAUUUGGUCGAGGACUUCGUCUUAGAUCUGAUGGCUGGCCACACMGAGGACGGCGAGAGAUUGGAGCUCACACGAGAGCAUUUAAACAAGUGUGUUGUUAAGCUUGCUACAGAAAUCAACGCAAGGGAAAGAAUCUGUUUUCAAAGCUAUGGUAUGUACUACGAAAAUCUCAUGCGACAUCAACAUCAAUUGCUGUACAUGAGAGAGCAAGAAAUAUUGCAGUGUAAAGAUGAGCUUGAAGAUAAUGCCACCGAAACUAUUGUGGAUGUCCAUUGUCARUUGGCUGAUAGAACUCAUGAACAACUAUUAGAAAUCACGGCUUUACGUGCGAAGAUCAUGGAGUUGAGAGAAACACUUAUGAAYCAGGAAAAGUACAUCCACGAGCGAUUAAAGAGAGACUUUACAAACCUCGUCCAAGAACUGUUCAGUAAUUGUUUUGACAUGAAAAACAAAUUUGAGGAAUUCAGACUAUUUUUGUACGAUGAUAUUCACGAGAAUCUAAAUGAAGUUCGACGGCAAGCGCUCGAAGAUAUGAGAGAGAAGUCAGGAGCUAUGAAAGCUGUGGGAGAGGAUCAGGUGAUUAAGAAAUGCGAGCAGAUUCGUGCUUUCCAGGAAGACAACACAAACUUGGGUCAAAUGUUUCUGAAAAUGAAGACGAUGAACAACUGGAAGAAGACACGACUUUUUACGCGUUAUUAUGAUUCUGUUGAAAGCCUAAGGGAAGAAGCAGACAAAGCGAAAAAAGAAUGUCUUGAAGUAAAAANAAAGGAGACUACUUCUAUGGCAUAUUUUUUGUUCGUUUGUUUUAAGAUUAUCGACCUUGAGGACAAAGAAGAAAGGCUACGGCUUCUGACAGCAAACCUUGAUCGAGACCAAAAGCAUAAUUUGUUUCAGCAAGAACAAUCAAAGAAGACCCUGAAACAAAUGCUGUUGCAAUUGGAUCACGAAAGAAAUCUCAAGUUGGAUGCUUUUGAAAGAGUUGAAGAACUACAGAGAACUAUUAUCGACCUUGAGGACAAAGAAGAAAGGCUACGGCUUCUUACAGCAAACCUUGAUCGAGACCAAAAGCAUAAUUUGUUUCAGCAAGAACAAUCAAAGAAGACCCUGAAACAAAUGCUGUUGCAAUUGGAUCACGAAAGAAAUCUCAAGUUGGAUGCUUUUGAAAGAGUUGAAGAACUACAGAGAACUAUAUAUGAAUAUGAGCAGCAAAUUGGAGGGUGCUUAUCGCGUCCCGUGUCUGGUUCAUUGGAGAAACGACCAUUUACCUCAUGGCUACCAGUAGCAGAUGCUGCUCCUCUCCCUCAAAGAUCAGCAUCAGUUAUGAGUAACAAACCCUCAACAGGUACAAACAGGCACCCGGGAGGGAAAGUCUGGCCCACAUCCUCGACUUUUCAAUCUCGUUCCGUCACUUCACCAGAUUUUGUGUCAUCAAUCACCACGCAACCAAAAAUCCAAAGACCUAAAACGCUCCGUCCACGUCUACGAGAGAGGAUAGCCGACACUUUACUUGGCGAUCUAGAGACAGAACAGCAAGAGCGAAAACGAGUUCCUCAUUUGUAAUAGAGAAACUAAAUAUCAUUCUCUCCAAACAUUUUCAAUUAGUAAUCAGUAAUGUCUACACGUCUGUGUCUGCCCUUAAGGUGGAUCGAUCGUCAUCUGCAAAAUGGCAAAUCGGUUAUUGAUCGAUCGUCAUCUGCAAAAUGGCAAAUCGGUUAUUGAUCAGUGUCGACUCAAAACUUUGGCUUCUUUCAAGCAAUUGAAUUGAAAGUCCUUUUUCGAUUUUUUUGCCAUAUUAUUCACUAUUCCGAGACUUCGGCUCCAAGGAAUUUCUUAAAACUUGGCUAGAUUGUAUGUUAUGUUUAUGUAAACGGAUCCUAAAAUCUUCAAACAAAACUGACCAAUUUUCUAAAAAAUGGAUUUUCUU